GGAACUGUUGCCCGAGUGUCGCCAGUGUCGCCUGUCGCCUGUCGUCAGUCGCCGAGUCAGCCAAGCCGAGCGACUAUGGAACCGAUCGCGCAUCUUAUCAAAGUGUCCGUCCCGAAUUAUCUGGCCGGCCUACCGAUUCCCGAGUCGAUAGGUGGAUGGUUCCGGCUGGGAGUGAGGGACUGGUUUGCCCUUCUGCCACCCACUGCCCUUCUCGCGGGUGUAGGAUACAUGUCCUACAGGGCGUUUUGUCCUCAUGGCAGACCUGCGCCAAAUGGUUGCGUCAAUCUCAAAAUAAAGAAAGACAUUGCGAAAGUAGUGGACAGUGUUGAUAUCGAAGAUAUCUCUGAAAAAGCUGUAUUUUGUCGCUGUUGGAGAUCUGAAAAUUGGCCUUACUGUGACGGUACUCAUGGACGUCAUAACAACGAGUGCAAUGACAACGUGGGUCCACUUAUCGUCACAAAGAAGAGCUAAAUAUUGUUACGUUGACUACGUACCAUCACAUUGGUACGUUCUCAUCGCUGUAAGAUAGCUAUUUACGCGCCAGAUUGUAGAUGAAUAUGGGAGGAGUCAAAUGGACGAAUCUUUAUUCCCCUCUCUGUAGAUAAAUUUUACAAAAUAAUGUCUACCAGUUUUAUUUUUUAAGAUGUCUGGUUUCCAUAAGGGAAGGUUUAUAAAUAAAUUCAUUUUUCCGUAAUA